AUGUCGGCCGUCAAAGACUUGGCGGCCGGUGCCUUGGCAUGGGCGCGUAGCCCACGCUCGCCGGCUUACAGCAAGCUGACCACCGAGGGUGACGCUGAAGCCUUGCGGUCUCCGACCCCGCCCCUGGGAUCUUGUUUCUCGAGAAGGCUCCAAAGGCUCUCACCCAAGGCCAUGCUUGCUCUUGUAGCUCCUUUGUUGCUCUUUUCUGGUUUGCUUUUCACCGUCCCACACGGAUAUAAGGGGUUCCCAUAUAGCCCGUCGCCCAACCUCUGCAAGAUGCUUAUGUCGGCGCUUGUUUCUGGCUAUCCCAGUCCCGUCAUCGUGAACUGGGGCCGCGACUUCAACAAGGGCCCCGGCGGAUUCGGCGACUCCCAUCUCGGCAAGAUUGACGGCUCUCUCGAUUUUCUGGACGCCAUCACGUCCGACGAUGCCCCUGAAGACGAGCGCCUUGGACCCGACGACCUCGUCCUUAUCGUCGAUGCUUAUGAUGUCUGGUUUCAGCUUCCACCUUCUAUCCUAAUCCGACGAUAUAUGGCACAGAACCAUGCCGCAGACGAGCGCAUUCGCAAGGAGUGGAGUGAGCCCCGUUCAUGGUUCUCUUCCGACUCCAGUAAGAGGAGCCUCACGCCACGGCAGUCCAUCAUCAUUUCGACUCAGAAGAAGUGCUGGCCUGAUGCCAGCCUCGGCUCCGACCCUCACUGCGACCAACUUCCCGAGUCUAGCGCAAGAAAAGACAUGUACGGCCCGCACACGGACGAAGACCCGGACCAGAUGCACGAUCGCCGCCCGCGCUAUGUCAACAGCGGCAGCAUCAUCGGCCCCGUCGGUGAGAUGCGACGCAUGCUUCGCCGUGCCCAAGAGAAGGUUGUAGCCAAGCGCGCUGCCGGUCUAAACAUAUUCAGCGACCAAGGCAUCUUUGCCGAGAUAUUUGGCGAGCAAGAAAUUUGGCGGACUUUGAAACGAAAGGAUCACGCCCAGUGGGUCAAGAACCAGACCGAACAUCCGGAAGAUGCGGCCAAGGAGCAACAGGAAAACGAUUUCGGCGUUGGGUUGGACUAUAUUCAAGACCUAUUCACUCCCACUGUGUUCGAAGAGGUUGACGGCCUCUAUGUCGUGCUGAGCAAUGGCUCCGCACUUCGAGAUGCCGCAGCAGAAAGGGGCAUUAUCCCACCAAGAGUCUCCGGUGUUCCGGAGGACAUGAUUGGGAUGCGCAGUCCCCUCGAGGAGACCGGCAUCAACAUCCACCUGGGCUGGAAUGACCUCCCGCUGUACACGGACUUCUGGAGCACCUCUGUGCCGGUGAUGGUGCAUCACAAUGCGCAUCGCAACGGACUGAAAGAGGAGAGACUACGGGACUGGUGGAAAAACAACUGGUUCUUUCCUUAUCUUCGACAGCUGUUGGAGGUGCAAGCGAAACCAAAGAAGACUUUGAAACCGCUGCUCAAGAUUCCGGGGCGAGAUGGCGUGGAAGAUCUCGUGUACGGAGCGCCGGAGGCGGACACCAUGAAGAGAAAAACUCGCAUAUUUAACCAGAACCUGAGGGAUAAAGGCCUGAUAGAAGCUGAUUGGGAUGGCUUAUGUAAGUCAGAGGGACAUGAAGAAUGGUGGAAGGAUGUUCUCCAAGAUAGCAAGGGUCCAGUGUAA